AUGGCGGAAGCCAGUGUGAAGGAUACCAACGCUACGCCUGCUGGAAGAUCACAGGUAAGACGCCUGAGAGGCCAUAAAGCCAUCGCCACCUGCUGUAUCGCCUCCCGCGACCGCCCUGGCAUCAUCGCCUCCUCCGCCGAAGAUGGGCGUGUUUGCUGGUUUGACAUGCGAUGUAAAGAUCUAUUGCAUACCAUUGAUGUUGCACAAAAUCCUAUUUCCUCAUUAUGCUUCAAACCAGGGAAUGAAGAUAUUAUAUAUGCUUCCUCAGAAAAUGAAGUGAAGGUCUUUGAUGUACAUAUGCUUGCAUCAUGGAAGCCAUUGGAGAGUUACAACUACAACAAAGAGGAGAUAAACCAGAUCACAUGCAACUCAAAGUCAUCAUUUCUUGCAGCUGCAGACGAUGGUGGUGAUAUAAAGAUCAUUGACAUACGCCAAAAGUGCCUUUAUAAGACAUUAAGAGCUGCCCAUGAAAGUAUAUGUAGCAGUGUGCAAUUUCUUCCUUGGAGACCUUGGGAAGUCAUUACUGGCGGGCUUGAUUCAAAGCUUAUAAUGUGGGACUUCUCCAAAGGACGACCAUUCAAAGUUAUGGACUUGGGAAAGUAUGAUGCAGAGAGUAGUAAUGAUGUGCAGUGCUUCAAUCCUGCUUUCGUCCACGCAAUUACAGUUCCUGAAGUUGAUAUGUUAGAUAAAUUUGACAAGAUAUGUGUUGUGGCCAGAGGUGAUGGUGUUGUUGAUGUUAUUAACAUCGAAUCAGAAUUUUCUGCUGCCAAGUCCAAGGGUUCUUCAAAACCGAGAAAAGGUGGUCAAUCAAGAUCAAAUGGAAGUGCUUCAUCACCAAAUUCUGAAAACCAAGAUCAAAAUCAAAGAACGAGGUUGCGUUUAGAUUAUUCCUCUGGGGGGCAUACUGCUGCAGUAUCGUGUGUGGCAUUUUCUAUGUUUGGGGAGAAAGGAAGGUACAUAAUAUCAGGGGGCAAUGAUAAAGCUGUGAAAGCUUGGAACUGGUCCAGAUUCUUCGAAGCCGACCAAAGUUGUGACAACAAUGACUUUCUACAUUUGAACAUAAAUUUGAGCAGAAAAGUAAAUUGGCUGUGCACCACCCCGACUGAUUCGGAAAAUCUUGUUGUAUGUGAUACCUCUAAAGUAGUGAAGGGAGGAAGCAAAAUGAUGAAGCCGGAGAUGCCCAAUUGCAACACUUGUGGCGAGCAAGUUGGGUUUCAAUCCGAUGGGAUUGGAGUAUUUGUGGGUUGCCAUGAGUGUAAUUUCCCGAUUUGUAAGGCUUGUUUGGAUUAUGAGAUCAAGGAAGGCAUCACUGCUUGCUUACAAUGUGGUACCCCUUAUGAUGGGAGCUUGACAACCCUUGAUGUGGCAGAAAAGGAGCAUGUCACCCACACUACUAUGGCUGGUCACCUUAAUAGCAGUCAGGAUGCUGGACUUCAUGCAAGAAAUAUAAGCACUGUGUCAACAGUGGACAGUGAUAUGAUUGAUGAAGGUGGGAACCCAAUCUGGAAGAACAGGGUUGAAAGUUGGAAGGAUAAGAAGAACAAGAAAAAGAAGGCAGUCAGUAAGGCUGCUAAAGAAGUUCAAAUUCCUAUAGAGCAACAGAUGGAUGAAAAGCAGGAGUCGGCAGGGGCAAUGCAACCACUUUCACAAAUAGUUCCAGUUCCAAAGAGCCAAAUUACACCAUAUCGGGUUGUGAUUAUUCUGCGAUUGAUCAUUUUGGGGCUUUUCUUCAAUUACAGAAUAACAAACCCAGUUGAGAGUUCUUAUGGUUUGUGGCUCACUUCUGUUAUUUGUGAGAUCUGGUUUGCUAUUUCUUGGGUGUUGGAUCAGUUCCCUAAAUGGUAUCCGAUUAAUAGGGUUACAUUCACUGAUGAGCUAUCUGCAAGGUAUGAAAGAGAGGGCCAACCUUCAGAACUUGCUGCUGUUGACUUCUUUGUGAGCACAGUCGAUCCUUUGAAAGAACCUCCUCUAAUUACUGCAAAUACCGUUCUUUCAAUCCUUGCCGUGGACUACCCAGUUGAUAAGGUCUCGUGUUAUGUCUCUGAUGAUGGUGCUGCAAUGCUUUCAUUUGAAUCCCUUGUUGAAACAGCAGAGUUUGCAAGGAAGUGGGUCCCGUUCUGCAAACGGUUCUCAAUAGAACCACGGGCGCCAGAAUUUUACUUCUCCCAGAAGAUUGACUACUUGAAAGAUAAAGUGCAGCCAUCGUUUGUUAAGGAACGUAGAGCAAUGAAACGAGAUUAUGAGGAAUACAAAGUGCGGGUAAAUGCUUUAGUAGCAAAAGCUCAGAAAACUCCAGAUGAGGGAUGGACUAUGCAAGACGGAACACCAUGGCCAGGAAAUAACACCCGUGACCACCCUGGCAUGAUUCAGGUUUUCCUAGGACAUAGUGGUGCCCAUGACAUUGAAGGAAACGAGCUUCCUCGACUAGUUUACGUCUCUAGAGAGAAAAGACCAGGAUAUCAACACCACAAAAAAGCCGGUGCUGAAAAUGCUCUGGUAAGGGUGUCUGCAAUUCUCACAAAUGCACCCUACAUACUUAAUCUGGAUUGUGAUCACUACGUAAACAAUAGCAAGGCGGUUCGAGAGGCAAUGUGUUUCUUGAUGGACCCACAAGUUGGCCGUGAUGUAUGUUAUAUCCAGUUCCCUCAGAGGUUUGAUGGCAUUGACCGUAGUGACAGAUACGCCAACCGGAACACAGUUUUCUUUGAUGUUAACAUGAAAGGAUUAGAUGGCAUUCAAGGACCGGUUUAUGUAGGAACAGGUUGUGUUUUCUAUAGGCAAGCGCUAUAUGGUUAUGGACCUCAAUCUCUACCAAGAUUACCGAAGCCUUCUUCUUCAUCUUCUUCUUGCUGUUGUGGCCCCAAGAAACCCAAGAAAGAUCUAGAAGAGUUUCAACGUGAUUCCAGAAGGGAUGAUCUAAAUGCGGCCAUUUUUAACCUUAAGGAGAUUGAAAGUUAUGAUGAAUAUGAACGGUCAUUACUCAUAUCUCAAAUGAGCUUUGAGAAAACUUUUGGCAUGUCAUCUGUAUUUAUCGAGUCUACAUUGAUGGAACACGGAGGACUAGCCGAGUCUGCCAACCCUGCAACGAUGAUCAAUGAAGCAAUUCAUGUGAUUAGUUGUGGGUAUGAAGAAAAAACUGCAUGGGGUAAAGAGAUUGGGUGGAUAUAUGGAUCGGUUACUGAGGAUAUCUUGACGGGAUUCAAGAUGCAUUGUAGAGGAUGGAGAUCAAUAUACUGCAUGCCUGUGAGGCCUGCAUUCAAAGGGUCGGCUCCUAUCAAUUUGUCGGAUCGGUUGCACCAGGUUUUGAGAUGGGCUCUUGGAUCUGUUGAGAUCUUUUUGAGUAGACAUUGCCCGUUGUGGUACGGAUGGGGUGGUGGCCGCCUCAAGUUGCUCCAAAGACUUGCAUACAUAAACACCAUUGUCUAUCCAUUCACAUCUCUCCCUCUCGUUGCAUACUGUACGCUGCCUGCUAUCUGCCUUCUAACCGGAAAAUUCAUCAUUCCCACGCUUUCAAACCUAGCAGCAGUUUGGUUUCUUGGCCUCUUCUUGUCAAUCAUUACUACCAGUGUCCUUGAAAUCCGAUGGAGCGGUGUCAGCAUUGAAGAACUGUGGCGUAACGAGCAGUUUUGGGUGAUUGGUGGUGUCUCCGCCCAUCUCUUUGCCGUUUUCCAAGGAUUCCUCAAAAUGCUGGCGGGCGUCGAUACAAACUUCACCGUCACCACCAAAGCAGCCGAUGAUCUCGAGUUUGGGGAGCUCUACAUGAUCAAAUGGACAACAGUUUUGAUCCCGCCCACCACCCUUCUCGUCCUCAACUUGGUGGGAGUCGUGGCAGGGUUCUCGGACGCCCUCAACAAAGGGUACGAAGCGUGGGGUCCACUCUUCGGGAAGGUGUUCUUUGCGUUUUGGGUGAUCCUUCAUUUGUACCCAUUCCUCAAAGGUCUCAUGGGUCGCCAAAACCGGACCCCCACCAUCGUUAUUCUGUGGUCGGUGUUGUUGGCAUCCGUUUUCUCGCUCGUGUGGGUGAAGAUCGAUCCGUUUGUUAGCAAGGGCGAUACGAAUGCUACGCAGGGCUGCAUCGCCAUCGAUUGUUGAGUACAAAAUAAGUAAUUUUUGAAAUGUAGAUGUUUUUGGUCUGAAUGACUCUGGUCAGCUGGUUUAAUUUUUGGCAUAUAUUUGUUUGUAUUCUGUAAUUUGUAUUGAUGGGAAAACUUUGAAUGUAAAAGAAGAAUUCAUCA